GUUUAAAGCUGCCAAUGUGCCCGUUUGCUGGAUGAGCUCUCGUUUUUGGGGUGAAGAGAAAGAGAAGGAUGCUCAUUACGAUGUUUACCUGAAGAAGGUCCGUUAUCAAGGACGGCCAAAUGAUUUCGCUUUGAGCAGUAUUGACACGAAAAGCUCCCGUCUGCACGCUUUAACUCAAAAGUGUUUCGCUUCCAACUCCACCGAUGGCGAUCGCUUGAAGUGGGAAACGGUUAAAGUGAAAGUUCUCAAAGCAGCUUCUCUAGAAAAAUGGGUGCGGCAUCUAAUUCUGCAGGAUGAUGAAUGCGUGCGAAGUUCGCGGUUCGAACUGUUUUUCGAAACAUAUCGUGCUGUAGCGAAGCCUUAUGAUGUAGUACAAAUUAUAUUAAGCGAACUCACUGCUUCGUUCUGUGAUAGAAACACGAACGGUAACUUCACGCAGUUCGAAAGAAACCUAAAGUUUUGGUCAGAUGUAUUGCAUCGAUGGCUUGAUCACUAUCCAGAAGACUUCAGAGAACAUCCAAAGUAUCCGUGUUUACAGCGUCUCAUUGAAUUUUCACGUCGCCGAUGUCAUCCUCUUGGUUGCUUGGUGGACAAAGCAAUUCAGUUGCGGGAUAAGUUCUGCAAGGAACUUAGUUUCCCAGAAAGUAUUAGAGUUUGGCAUUUACUUUCUCAUCGAUCAUCGUUUUUAGUAAAGUCAGAAAUAUGGGACAAUUAUGCACUUGUUUCUUCUGGAAAUGAAAGUUCAGUCGGCGUUUUUAAUGGAUGUCAUCCCGAUAUAUGCCAUAUGGACCCGCUAUAUGUCGCUGAACAGCUGACAUGUAUAGAUGCUGAUUUAUUCAGGUCUCUGAUUCCUUACCAAUGCCAAAGCUGCUUUUGGUCGUACAGAAAUAAAAAAGAAGGUUACUCAGACCGUGUACAUACCGUUCGGGCCACCGUUAAGCAGUUUAAUGCUGUUAGUCAGCGCGUAAUGUCGUCGGUAGUUUGUAAUGAGUCAAGAAAGCCGGCUUACCGUGCGAAAAUAAUAUCGUGUUGGAUUGCAGUUGCUCAGGAGCUUCGUUUGCUUAAGAACUUUUCUUCUCUGAAAGCUGUUUUAUCUGCUUUACAAAGCGAGCCAGUGCACAGACUUCGCAAUGUAUGGUCACACGUGCCAGGUUCGAAUGUACAACUUUUUGAGGAACUUUCGCAAAUUUUUGAUGAACGUGAUAACUGUUUGCAAGUCAGAAGGCUGCUUAUGAAAGAAGGUACUUCGAAAACGGCGUAUGACGUAGAAAAUUGUACUAAAAGCAGAUCUCGAGCAAAAUUGGAUGUCAGAGGAACUGUACCUUAUCUCGGCACUUUUCUCACUGACUUAGCCAUGGUUGACACGGCGCAUCCGGAUUACAUAUGUGGUCUGAUUAACGUUGACAAGCGACGUCGUGAAUACGAAAUUAUCUGGCAGCUGAAGCUGAUUCAACAUAAUGCAAAGUUUUACCGCCUUCAAAUGGACUCAAAGUUUUUAUUGUGGUUUAACAGUAUGGCGGCCUUUGACGAAAAAGCUUGGUAAGA